AUGAAGCCCCGCAAGCCGUCGAGCGAUGGCUUCAUCUACUGCUACGGCAACCUCUACAGCCUGCUCUUCUACUGGGGACUGGUGACCUUCCGGGUGCGCACCCAGAGUGACGGCGGAGCAGCUUCAUCACCUGUGAGCGUGUUGUAUGCGGUCUGCGUCCGGUGUUUCGCCGUCUGUGGCUACCUGGGCAGCGUGCUGAUUAAGCUGGAGGAUGAGCGAAUGGCCGCCGCCAUGAUUGGCCACCUCACUCCCGUGGUCAAGGUGAUCAUCAUGUGGGAGUGCCUCAGCUGCUCGAUUACCUACGUGGAAAACUUCCUCACGCUGGACGUCCAGCGGCGCCGCCACGUCAAGCUGCUGGCCAACAUGCAGGGCUUCGACCUUGCCAUUUCCGAGGAGUUUCCCUCCGUGCGCUGGAACUACCAGCGUACUCGCUCCAAGUACUGGUACGGGACUGUGAUUGUGACUAUCUGCUUCUUCUCCUUCUCUCUGUCGCUCAUCCUCGACAUGGCUCGGUGCACCUGCGGCCUCUCGUCCACCCUGCUGAUGGCUGGCACCUACAUCCUGCUGACGAGCUCCCUGGGCCUGGUGGGAUUUGUUCACAUUGCCAUCAUGGAUUUCGUGCGGCUGCGCCUGCGCCUCAUCCAGAAGCUGCUCCAUCAAGAGUACGAAGGAAGUACUGGUAGCGAUCGUCCACAAACGACGGUCCAUCGGAGGAUUGCCAAGCUGUUCGAGUUCACCAAGCGGUGCUCCCAUUUGCUGGCAGAGUUGAAUGCAGUGUUUGGGUUCGCGGCUGCCGCCGGGUUCUUCUACGAGUUCAGCCUGAUGACCUGCUUUGUGUACGUGAUCUGCCAGAAGGUUCUGGGGUCCGAGGCCUGGGACCUAGAGUACACAUUCAUGCUGCUCCACGUCACGCUUCACUCCUACAAGCUAAUCAUCACCAGCACCUAUGGCUAUCUGCUUCAGCGGGAGAAGCGAAACUGCCUCCGCCUCCUUGGCCUCUACUCGCAGCACUUUCCCCAGCAGCCACUGGCCCGCAGUCAGGUGGAGGACUUCCAGCAUUGGCGCAUGCACAACAGGCAGGCGGCCCUCAUCGGGAGCAGCAUACCGCUCAGUGUGUCAACCAUUUUCCUGGUGUACAACGGCAUGGCCAACUAUGUGAUUAUCCUGGUGCAACUGCUAUUCCAGCAGCAGCAGAUCAAGGAGCGGCAGAGGGAAUUAGGUAGGGACGUGGACAUUGUGGGGCCAAUGGGUCCCCGCACUCAUUUGGAUUAG